CUCCCGGUGUAACAUGGAAAAUGCUGAUUCCAUCUGCUGAGCAACCCUUCGCAGACUUCAAACACCUUUAUUACCCAAUUCUCGGUGCUGCUGUGAUCAUGUUCCUGCGAUUUAUCUUUGAAAGAUUCGUGUUCCGGCCUUGGGGUGUGAUGUUGGGUAUCAAACCACGUAGAGCCAAGUUGGACCCCGAAAUAAAAGCUGCAUUUGAAAAGGGGGAAGUGGGUGUUGUGGAGUUGAAGAAAUCGCGGCAAUUGAACGAGCGACAAUUGGAGCGCCUGCGGCGGAGGCACAACGCAUUGAGCAAGCCCGAGACUCUGUCCAAGUUUUGCGAGAAUUCUUGGCGAUUUUUCUUUUAUACCGGUAUGACCUUUUAUGGAUGCUGGGUGCUGAAGGACAAGGCCUGGACUUGGAACAUCACCGAUUGUUGGCGAGGGUAUCCUAAACACGUGAGCAUC